AUGACGUCCCCAGACAGCAACCCACGAGCGGCACUACCCGCUGGUAGUGAAUCAGUGACAGUCAAGAUAAUCAACCCCGUCAACUUUGGCCCAGCAGUUCUGAACCGUUUUAUGGCACCACCGGUGCCUGGCUUCGAAAAAUUGCCAACAUUGCCGUCGUUUUCCUUUUUGAUCGAGCACCCUCCAUCCGGACGUAAGCUCGUAUUCGACCUGGGCAUCCGCAAGGACUUCGAGACGGGCUACUCGCGAAAGAUUAGUGAAUAUAUACCAACGACCAAUUACGACAUCAGGGUUGAGAAGGAUGUCGUCGAGAUCCUGGAAGAAGGAGGCGUUGACCCUCGGGGGAUCGAGGCCGUCAUCUGGUCCCAUUGGCACUGGGAUCAUAUUGGCAACCCUCAAUCUUUCCCCGAGACGACCGAUUUGAUAGUUGGGCCAGGUUUUAAAGAGGCAAUGCUCCCAGGAGCGCCGUCAAAUCCAGAGUCUCCGAUCCAGGAGAGCGACUAUGCAAACCGUAACCUCCGCGAGAUCACAUUCGAUGGACCCCAAGCCCUCAAGAUAGGCAACUUCCCAGCAUACGACUACUUUGGCGACGGGUCCUUCUACCUCCUCAACAGCCCGGGGCACGCGAUCGGGCACCUCUGCGGACUGGCACGCACGACGACCUCGCCGACGUCCACGUUCGUGCUCCUGGGCGGCGACGUGUGCCACUACGCCGGCAUCUUCCGGCCGUCGCCGCAGCAGCCCAUCCCGGCCAGCAUAACACCGCACCCGUGCGCGUCGUCGCCGCUGCCCGCGCUGUGUCCCGGCCACGCGUGGGAGGAGCUGCAGAGGUCGCGCGGCGGGCGCGCGCGCACCGAUGCGCUCUUCGACAUGACCUUUGGGCACGACGUGCCGUUGGCCACCGGCACCAUGAGGUGGCUGCAGGAGCUGGACUGCAUCGACGACGUGUUUGUCAUUAUCGCCCACGACGCGACGGUGCGGGACGGCGGCGUCCCGCGGUUCCCGGCCAGCUUGAACGACUGGAAGGCAAACGGCUGGGGCAGGGAUCUGAAGUGGGCAUUUUUGCGGGACUUGGAGUCGUUCUGGAGGUCCAAGGGUGUGAACAUCUCUUCUGUCUCUAUAAUGUCGGCAUUUCAAGAAGCCAACAAGGACCUGGACUAUGACGUCCUCGUCAUAGGCGCUGGUCUGUCUGGAAUCUACAGCCUUCAUCACAUACGUGAGCUGGGCCUGCGCGUCAAGGUCCUCGAGGCAGCCGAAGCAGCAGGCGGCACAUGGUUCUGGAACCGCUAUCCCGGGGCGCGUUUCGAUUCCGAGUCUGUGUCGUACAUUUUCUCCUUCUCCCAGGAGGUCCUUGAAGAGUGGAGCUGGACGGAGCACUUUGCAUCGCAGCCCGAAACCUUGAAGUACGUCAACUACCUGGUGGACAAAUUCGACCUCAAGCGGUCUAUGCAGUUCAACACGCGCAUCACGUCGAUGAAGUUCCGAAACGACAGCAACUCUUGGCUUCUGGUGGACCAAAACGGACGGGAGUACACAACGCGCUACGUCGUCACGGCGAUCGGCAUCCUCAACGAGCCAACCCUGCCAGCUAUCCCAGGGGUCGAAGACUACAAAGGAGAAGCUUGGCAUACGGCCAGAUGGCCCGGCGACCACGAGGUAGCUUUUCGGGGAAAGCGCGUGGGUAUCAUCGGCACGGGAGCGACGGGCAUCCAGACGGUCCAGGAGAUAUACAAGCACUGCGGCAGCCUGACCGUCUUCCAACGAACGCCGAACUGGACCGCGCCGAUCCGCAACAGCAAGAUCUCCCCGGAAGAGAUGAAGGAGAUCCGCAAGAGGUAUCCAGAGAUCUUCCAGGCCUGUUUGGAAUCCGGGUCAUGCUUCAUACACAAGGUCAACCCGAAGAAAACAACCGAGUGGGAUCGGGAAGAGCUGCUUGCCCACUUUGAGGAGCUUUACCUCAAGCCUGGUUUCGCAAAGGUGUUGGGCAUUCCGGUCGAUAUCUUCAUGGAUAGAGAAGCCAACAAGCUGUACAGCGACUUUAUCGCAAGCAAGAUUCGGCCGCGCAUCAAGGAUCCUGCCGUGGCGGAAAAGCUUAUUCCCAAGUGUCACGGCUUCAUGACCCGGCGUGUCCCGCUGGAGGAUGGCUACUACGAGGCGUUUAACGAGCCGCAUGUCAGGCUCGUCGACUUGAAAGAGACCCCUAUUGAGCGGAUCACCGAAAAGGGGGUUCUGAUUGCUGCUCCGGCGACCAACGGCAGUGGGGACCAGCCCAAGCCGGAAGAGAUAGAGCUAGACGUGCUCAUCUACGCCACAGGGUUUGAUGCAACCACGGGAUCCUUCAGGGCCAUCGACAUCCAGGGCGUGGACGGGAAGAGACUUUGGGAAGACACGUGGGCCAACCGCAUUUCCACGUACCUGGGAGUGACGGUUCCCAAGUUUCCCAACAUGUUUAUGUCGAUGGGCCCCCAUCAAUCGUUUGGCAACAUCCCCCGAUCGAUAGAGUAUACGUGUCAGUGGAUAGUCGACCUGAUCAAAUUCGCACGCGACCGCAACCUCCUCCGCGUCGAAGCAACACAGGAAAAGGCCGACGCAUGGUACAAUCACGUCGAGUCGUGCGGAGUAGGCAUGCUGAUAAACGAGGUGGAUUCUUGGAUGACGGGCGUCAACACCAACUUGAAGCACAAACAAAAGAGGUCUCUGGUAAGGUAUAAUGGGCCAGCGCCAGGAUACAGGAAAAUAUGCAACGAAGUCAAGGCGAAAGAGUACCAGGAUUUCGAGCUAGUUUUUGGUAAUUGA